AUGAUGGAAGAAAAGGGAGAAAAGAACGGUGUGGCAGCUAUAGCAGCCUGCUACCAAAAGUUUGAUCCUGUAGCGUAUCUGCAGUACAACUACACCCCUCCACGAGCUGACUUUACAAGAAAAGACAGCAUAGUUCCCUGGAAACUGGCCUGCCUGCACAGAGCUCUCACUGAAGGUGACGUGAGCGGUGAGCUCCUGGUGGACAUCGGUUCGGGGCCCACCUUGUACCAGGUGAUGAGUGGUUGUGAGGUCUUUAACAAAGUGAUCCUGUCUGACUUCCUGGAGGUGAACCGGCAGGAGCUGAGGCGCUGGCUGCAGGAUGAGGGAAAAUGUAGUCUGGACUGGACACCGUACCUGGAGCACGUCUGCAAACUGGAGGGGCGACGGUCCUCAGCUUGGCCAGAGAAAGCUGUAAAGCUUCGCCAGGUCAUUGCAGACAUCCUCCCCAUUGACGUGCACUGCUCUCAGCCUUUGGCCCCCGACGCCCUUCCUUCAGCAGGGGCCGACUGUCUGGUUUCCUGCUUCUGCCUGGAGAGCGUCAGCCCUGACCUACCCGCCUUCACCAGGGCCCUGGGCAACAUCCAGAAGCUCCUCCGGCCUGGGGGCCACCUGCUGCUCAUUGGAGCCCUGGGGGAGAGUUAUUAUUUUGGGGGUCCCGGGGUACGAAUCCCUGUGGUCCCACUGAACGAAUCCCAGGUGUGCACAAGUCUGAAGGAGAGUGGUUACACCCUGAUCCGGCUGGAGGUUUACACGCUGUCUCAGGACAUGAGGGUAGGGGUUGAUGACGUGACAGGAGUGUUUUUUGCAAAAGCAAAAAAGGAAUAAUUCGACGAAUAGCAGAAACAAUGAAAAAGUUGUUGCACAUUUUACAAUAAUCUAAGUUAUUUUUUGUCUUUUUUCAAUCUUGGGCAACAGAAAACUCAGUUUGUUGCCUCCCUAGUGUUAAAACAUGGUUAAAGACUGCCUCCUCCAGUUCAAACCCAGCUACUACAGGGCUCUACUGGUAAAUAUCACCACUGAACUCGUUCACUGAACCUCUUAUAGCACACUCAGUGCAUUUUAAUAAGGCC